UAAGAUCCCAUAAUACAAUGAUUGGAUCAUUGUUAUUUUAAGAUGUUGUACAAACAUCUAUUUUGUUUAAAUUAUAUUCUUUCGGUAAAAAACUUUUUUAUUAACUCAAAAUGACAAUAUCCACAGAAAUUUUUCCUUCAACUUCAUUAGAUUCUAUAAAAUCCGAUCCUGCUGUUUAUGAAAAUUUAGAAAAAAUCCUUAUCAACAAAAAUGGACAAGUACCAUUACAUAAGCGAUUUAGAGUCAUUUUUACUUUAAAGAAUUUAGCUGACGAGAAAAGCAUAGACAUACUCGCUAAAGCUUUUGAUGAUGAUUCUGCAUUAUUAAAACACGAGCUUGCAUACGUUUUGGGUCAAAUAAAGAAUCCAUAUGCAAAUUCUGUGCUUCGUACGGUCUUGGCUAAUAAAUCUGAAGAUCCUAUGGUUAGACAUGAGGCAGGUGAGGCUCUUGGAGCAAUUGGAGAUCCGUCAUCUUUAGAUAUCCUUGAAGAGUAUCUGAAUGAUGAACAUGCAGUUGUUCGAGAAACUUGUGAAUUGUCUAUUGCAAAAAUUAAAUAUGAAAUUGAUAAUGAUAAUAAUAAGCAGGAUAUUCCUAAAAGUUCGUAUACCUCAAUUGAUCCAGCACCACCAAAUGUAAAAACUCAAUCAGUAACAGAACUUCGUGAAAUCCUUUUAGAAACAAAGUUACCAUUAUUUGAACGAUAUCGUGCAAUGUUUGCGUUAAGAAACUUAGGUAGUAAAGAGGCUGUAUUAGCUCUUGCCGAAGGUUUUAAUGACCCCUCUGCUUUGUUUAGACAUGAAAUAGCCUAUGUUUUUGGACAAAUGCAAAGUCCAGAUAGUGUGCCUGCUUUGAUUAAGACAUUGGAAAAUAUGAAUGAGUUAUCUAUGGUUAGACAUGAAGCAGCUGAGGCAUUAGGUUCUAUUGCAACAUCUGAUUGUUUACCAGCAUUGAAAAAAUUCAAAGACGAUCAUGAAAGGGUUGUCAAAGAAAGUUGUGAAGUAGCAUUAGAUAUGUAUGAAUAUGAGAAUUCUAAAGAUUUUCAGUAUGCUGAUGGUUUAAGUAAAGCUUAGGAAAAUUUAUUUUCAAUUCUCAAAACAUUAUUAAAAUGAAUAGUAACUGUAAAUAUAAAGAGAA